AACGCGAAUAUAGGUGACUCGGAGUCCCUACCUGAAUGAGCGAGCUUCACCUUGCCGGCCGGCAUAUUUCAACGUUCACAACUUCACCCCUAUUCCAUAGACCACCCCUAUUCCAUAGACCACUACGAAGUGUGCUUCCAGAUUUGAUCAGAGAGCGCUACGCAAUACAUACACGAUUCACCAUUUUACAAACAUACUUAUGGCAAGGACCAGGACGUCGGGUGUCCUUGGUCCGGCUCCUGGGUACCGUAAUCGCCUGCUGUCCCUCUUUUUCUUGUGCUUAUGGAAUGCUGCUCCCAAUCGUGGAUCUGCCGCUUCCCAUGGGCAUCAGAGCGAUCUCAUUAGCGGAAGACUUCAAGCAAAGGAAUCGGCGCAGCAAAAGCCUUCGCGGUUAGAAGCAAACAGUUCGUCCCUUGUCAUCUCGGCAUCCGAUUUCCUCUGUUGGGCUCUUUCCCGCAAGGCAUCCAAUGAGUGGGCCGAAAGAAAAACAACUCCGUCCCUUUUCGUCUCAUGUUUUUUACAUGUGGUGUCCCUAGUCUCCGUUCGAUACACUUCUGCCGCGCUUCCGGCGGCGUGAAGUGGGGGACAUUCCCAGCAACCACCAGGGUGUGUUUACACAGUAGUUCUCCUGAAUGAUAUCGGCCAAGAGGAAUACCGCACAAGCCUGUGUGUACAGUACAUACAAUGGUGUUCGUCGUCCGAACCGCGAACCUGGCCACACAACGAUCGCUUAGACCACUGCCCUCCAAUCCA